AUGACCUAUCUAACCGCCCACACGACCACCAUCGCCAACCCCCGCCUUCGGCUGCUCAACAAACUCAAAGCCGGCGAAUACCCGCUCAUGACAUUCAUGGCCAUCCCCUCCGUACGCAUGGCGCAAAUAAUUGCCCUAACCGGCGUGGACGGCAUCAUCAUUGACUGUGAACAUGGCCACAUCAGCGACGACGCAAUGCACAACGCCGUCGCAGCCAUCUCCUCCCUCGGCGUCUCCCCGAUCAUCCGUAUCCGCGGCCCAGCGCAUGACAUCGUCAAGCGCGCGCUCGACACUGGUGCCCACGGGAUCAUGGUGCCUCAGAUCAACACCGCGGAUGAAGCGAGACAGGUCGUUGCCUCGUCGAAGUUUCCCCCGCAGGGCGUGCGUGGCCAGGGCUCGGCGUUCCCGGCUAUCGGGCACGGGUUGACCACGCCAGAAUAUAUGGUUUCUGCGAACGAGACGAUCCUUACAAUGAUUCAGAUCGAGACGAGAGCGGGAGUUGAGAACGUUGAUGAGAUCUGUGCUGUGCCUGGCGUGGAUAUGGUCUUUAUUGGCCCCAAUGACCUGGCGCAGUCGCUUCUGGGAUACGUCCCUGCGCGCGGCGACGAGCCAGAGUUUGUGGCUGCCGUCGAGAAGAUUAUCACGGCGGGGAGGAAGUAUGGAAAAUGGGUCGGGAGGAUGGUGAACAACGGGUCGCUGGCGAAGGACGCAAGGAAGCGGUAUGAUACUGUUGCCAUUACGGGCGAUACAAAGGCUAUCCAAAACUGGUACAUGGCGGAGUUUGAUAUUGCGAGGUCGUGA